GGGCGGCGCACGGUCCCCGAGGCAGCGGCGGGCGGUGGAUCGGGAGUGCCGGGCCCAUUCCGAGCGUGCGGAGCUGGGUUUCCCCCAGGACACACAGACCUAUAAUUCCUGGUGUGAUGAGAGUGGGGUUUACUGUCCUGAAUUAGAAAAGCAAAUCAUUAAGCCUGGGCCCUGACUCAUCUUCAGGAGAGAAAAGCGAGAUGGGAGACUUAAAAUCUGAGGAUAAAAAGAGGGUCCUUCCCACAUGGAUGACAACCCAGGAGGCCGAGAAGAGAAAGGUUCCAGUGAAGACCCCCAAGGGGAGGAGACGGCCGGCGGCAGCACAGGAAACUGUUGCAACAAGGCUCGCUGCAGUGAGGACUGUGUACUGCAUGAGUGAAGCUGAAAUGGUAGCCGUCGCUCUGGGGACCCUGAUUGAGGCCCGGGAACAGGAAAAGCCCUUCGAGCCGCCGACCCUGGCGGGCGCUGGCAAACAACAGCUGUCCCCAACCUGCUCAACGUUGUCACCGAGUUCUCCUGGGAGUGGAAGUGAGGGUGAGGGCAAUGGGCAAGACGCCCUUCCUCCAGGCCUCGGCCCUCCUCGGGGGCGCACGGGGUCCGAGGCUGCGUGCAGCAGGAGCCCUGCGGAGGACGAUGACAUGUUAAAAUAUGUCCGGGAGAUAUUUUUCAGCUAAGGCACAGACUUCCCAGGACUUCCUUCCCAGGCGCUGAGGGAAGCCAGCUUCCCUUCCCGGCCUGGGGCCUGGCCGAGGGUGCCUAAGGGGCCCAGUCCUCCCCUCCCCGGGCUGGCAGAUGCACCAAGGAGGGGAAGCCCAGGAGGCUCUGGGCCUUGGGAGCUGUCCCGGUGAGUGUGUGGAAGUGAGGAACCAUAGAAUUUCUGCUCUGUACCUCCUCCGCUCGGACGGUCUGUCUUUAUUCACUUCCCAGGUUCGGGGAAAGGUGGACAAGGAGGUCACAUUUAUUGGAACCAAAGAGUCACCUUCAUAAAUUUGAAAGAAGAAAGCGUAUAGCUGCUAAUAAGUUCACUGGAAUUCUGACAGUUUAGUCAGUGGGAUCUCUAAGGAGGAAGCCUCUUUUAAAGCGAGUUUCCAUCCCCCGUGCAGCCCGGGAGGCAGAUGUCAUGCCCACAGGGCUCUGCCUGGGAUCUGCACUGGAAGGCCUCUGCCCCCUCCCACCCCCCCACGCUGCCACCUGCCCUUCCACUCGGCGGCUAAGCCUCCGUCCCUGGGCAGUUGGAAAGCAAGACUGGGACAGGAGCCCGCAGGAGCCUCUACAGCCGAGAUCCUGCCAGAGUCCAUCGUUCUGUCUCUAUUCAGUGUGGCUUUGGACAGAUGGAAUGAGGCAGGCAUCUGCCGUCCAGGUUUUCCGAUGUGCAGGUGCUCAGAAAUACAAACCGGUUCCCAAGA